AUGUCUAUGCAGGAACUCCCGAAUGAGCUACUGCUUGUGAUUGCAUCCAGCCUGGAUUCAGAAGCAGACAUCAAUAGCUUGUCUCGCAUCAAUCACCGCUUUCAUAUUCUCCUUACUCCAUUUCUCUACGAAUAUAACGUUAAGCACGCAGAUGGCUAUGCAUUGCAUUGGGCAGCACAUACUGGCCAGCUCUCAACAACACGUAGAGUGCUCGAUUCCGGUGCACAAGUCAAGUCCUACACCUACCAAACCCCGUAUGGCCUAGACGUUUCCUUUCUCGGUCAGGUGGUAUUUACUGGCUCGAUAGAGGUCUUUGAGUUGCUCCUACAGCACAUUGCUUCUACUUCAGCCCCGGGCUCAGCAGAUCUCAACAUACACAAUGCUCUUGUUGCCAAGGAUGUACAUAAGUGGACAGCAUUAUUCUUCGCUUCUGCAUAUGGAUAUGCGGAUAUUGUCCAUAUCAUUCUCGAAAAAGGAAUAGACCCCAACACCACCGACUUCGUCGGUAGAACGCCGCUCUUUCUUGCUUGCUCACAGGGGAAACCCGAUGUCGUUGACGCCCUUCUGGAAUACCCGAAUAUCGACACAGAUAUCUCUGACGAUGUUGGAGCCACUCCUAUCUUUGAAGCAGUACGUGAAAAGAAUGUGGACAUAGUAGUGGCACUGCUAGCCCGUGGAACACGUCUGGCCAUUCACUCAGUCCACAUAUCGAAACACCUCUACACAGAGCUGGACGAUGUGCAUCCAAACGCAAUAUUCGAUAAUUACACUCCAUUGGAGUUCGCAGUCCACAGUGGCUUUGAGGAUGGGGUGGAAUUGCUUUUGAGUGACAAGAGGACCAACCCAGAUCUAAAUGUCAUACCAGAUGGAGGAACUCCUCUCUUCUGGGCAUUGGUUUAUGGUCAUGAGAGAAUGGUGAAGCUCCUUCUUGAUGCUGGCGCAAACCCGAACAUUUGUAACUGGCAAUGGGUCUCGCCGGCUAUUUUAAUGGAGAUACCUGAUGUUAAAGCCCGGAGUGCCUUGCUGGACCAGAAACAAAGCACCACCUCGCUUCCUCUGCGCUCUAGAUAA